AAGACCAGGGCAGCCCGAGUCGAGCUCCAGCAGGCAGAAAAAAAAAGAACAUGAACCUCACUGUGUCACUUUGCUGCUUUAAUCUCCUUUUGGUGCUUGAUUAUGUUCGAGGCAAACCCAUGUCUGAUUUACAGAAUUUGAACCAGAUUUUGGAAGAGAUUGAUGACAAGGCUCGUCACUCUUCAGAGGAGAUGCAAGAAAGAGGUGGCAAUGCAGAAAAGUCAAAGCAUGGAGCUCCAGAUGGGUACCCGUGGGAAUUCCCCGAACCCAGCAACUCAGCAUUGGAGGCGAAAGCAGAUGUCCUUGCCCUUCUCUUCAAAGACCUGUUCCGGACCUCCAAGCGUAACUGGAGUCGGUACCGAAAAGGGGGGCUGAGGAGUUGCUUCGGCGUCCGCUUGGACCGGAUCGGGUCUUUCAGUGGAUUGGGAUGUUGAGGGAGUAUGUGAUGACGAUCCAUCAGAAAAAAGUAUUCAAUCGUGACUGCCACUCCACUUCAAACAUCACUGGAUAUUUUCUGAAAAUUGUUGUGGAAGCAGGCUGUUUCUUAUUUAUUAUUUUGAGUUGUAAUAGAAUUUCAAUUAUAUUGUAAUGCAGUAAAAAUAUUUUGCAUACAAGUGG